GCGGCCUGCUCGUCGCAGCGGCUGCUGAGGAACCCAGUAGCGGCGCGAGCGCCCGCCCGGCUCGCUCGGCCCGUCCUUCGCCUCCUGGCCUCCGUUCCCUUAGGUCCAGCGCACCUCGGCCCCGCCCCGGCCCACCGGAUUCUUUCCAGCUCGACCCGGGCUGCCGGUUUCCCCCGCCGCCAUGAUGAUGAUGGCUUUAAGCAAGACCUUCGGGCAGAAGCCCGUCAAGUUCCAGCUGGAGGACGACGGCGAGUUCUACAUGAUCGGUUCCGAGGUGGGGAACUACCUCCGUAUGUUCCGAGGUUCUCUGUACAAGAGAUACCCCUCACUCUGGAGGCGACUAGCCACUGUGGAAGAGAGGAAGAAAAUAGUUGCAUCGUCACAUGGUAAAAAAACAAAACCUAACACUAAGGAUCAUGGCUACACCACCCUCGCCACCAGUGUGACACUGCUGAAGGCCUCUGAGGUAGAGGAGAUUCUGGAUGGCAACGAUGAGAAGUACAAGGCUGUGUCCAUCAGCACAGAGCCCCCCACCUACCUCAGGGAACAGAAGGCCAAGAGAAACAGCCAAUGGGUCCCCACCCUGCCCAACAGCUCCCACCAUCUGGAUGCUGUGCCAUGCUCCACUACGAUCAACAGGAACCGCAUGGGUCGGGACAAGAAGAGAACUUUCCCCUUGUGCUUUGAUGACCACGAUCCGGCUGUGAUCCAUGAGAAUGCAUCACAGCCUGAAGUGCUGGUACCCAUCCGACUGGACAUGGAGAUAGAUGGGCAGAAGCUGCGGGAUGCUUUUACCUGGAACAUGAAUGAGAAGCUAAUGACCCCUGAGAUGUUUUCAGAAAUCCUUUGUGAUGACCUGGAUUUGAAUCCACUGACUUUCGUGCCAGCUAUUGCCUCUGCCAUUAGACAGCAGAUUGAGUCCUACCCCACAGACAGCAUCUUGGAGGAUCAAUCUGACCAGCGCGUCAUCAUCAAGCUGAACAUCCAUGUGGGAAACAUCUCCCUGGUGGACCAGUUCGAAUGGGACAUGUCAGAGAAGGAGAACUCCCCUGAGAAGUUUGCCCUGAAGCUGUGCUCAGAGCUGGGGUUAGGUGGGGAGUUUGUCACCACCAUUGCAUACAGCAUUCGGGGACAACUGAGCUGGCACCAGAAGACCUAUGCCUUCAGUGAGAACCCACUUCCCACGGUGGAGAUCGCCAUCCGAAAUACAGGAGAUGCUGACCAGUGGUGCCCCCUGCUGGAGACGCUGACCGAUGCUGAGAUGGAGAAGAAGAUCCGGGAUCAAGACAGGAACACAAGGCGAAUGAGGCGUCUCGCCAACACUGCCCCAGCAUGGUGAUGAAGCCAUCCAUGCUCAACUUCACGGAGCGUCUCAAAAGACUGCCUUUUCUUCCUCUGUGGUGAAGAGAAAGGCAACGGGACAGCUGGUGCCAUCCUGAGGAAUGGGGUAGGAGCCUCCUGGGUGCCUUCCUUCAGCACACAUUCCAUUUGCUAACUCCUAGCUCUGUGCCCCAGAGUGUAGAGUCGGAAAGCAGCCUCAUUUAGGUUGUGUUCUGUUUUUGUAUAGGAGCCCCAGGCAGGGCUAGGAACACUUUUUAAAUAAAAAGUAACAUGUUCAA